AUUAUGUUUAGACAUUCAGAAUCGUAAGAGCAAGUUAACAUCUGUUUUAGAGAAUUGAAUGAAGAGUUAGAGGUAAAAUAUAAAUUCCAAUAUAUUUCAGAAAUCUUACAUUAGAAUGGAUGAUGCCAUUGCUUCUUUUGAAGAUCUGCUUCUUCCUUCCAAACAAACUCAAAGUAUCCAACCACACAUUCUUGAACAAACACCAAAAACUAACCCUCCUUUCAAGGUAAAACUUAACUUAGAAGACAUUAUCAUACAUGAAGUGAAUGAGAUUCAACUUAAUAAGACAUUAGACUCACAAGUGUAAGAAGUAAAAGAGGAAGAACAAGAAAUCGUACAAGCUUAUGUCAGAAAGGAGGAUUUGUAUGAAACAUUGACUUAGAUUGACAGGAUCGACUUUGAUUAGAUAUUGGAAAGGUUCAGAUUGGAAAAAAUAACAAAUUGCUUUUAAUAUCUAUCAGAGAAGAGCAAUUAAGCGAAAUCUAAGUUGAGAUUUAUUCAUGAUCUACUCAAAAAUAUAAGUGAACUUGACUUCAAUAAAAAGGAUUACUCAAAUGAAGAAUUUGAAGAAAUUAAGAAGGAUUUGAAGAAAAAGAUUUGUUAAAAGGAGCAAAUUAUUGAAUUUUUGAAAUUCCUAAUAAUUCUUACAGCCAUCGAUGAGAGAUUUAUCUAAAGCGGAUCGAAUGCACUCAAUUUAUUAGUAGAAAUGAAGGUGGAUUUGAGAGAAUAAAGCUUUGAGAAUAUAAGGAUUAGAGAUACUUCUUUGGUUGGUGGAAACUUUGUAAGAUGCAAUUUCAAUGGAUCAGAAUUUGAUAAUGUGGAUAUAAGUGGAAUCAACUUGAAAUAAGCUUAAUUGUUCAAUUGUAAAUGGAAAAAUAUUAAAAUACAUGAGUUAAAUAAAUUAGAUGGUCAUUCAAAUGGUGUUAGUUCUGUUUGUUUCUCUCCUGAUGGUACUACAUUAGCAUCUGGUAGUUCAGAUAACUCUAUCCGUUUAUGGGAUGUUAAGACAGGAUAAUAAAAAGCACAAUUAGAUGGUCAUUCGUAAGAUAUUUUAUCAAUUUGUUUCUCUCCUGAUGGAACUACAUUAGCAUCUGGUAGUUAUGAUAACUCUAUCCGUUUAUGGGAUGUUAAGACAGGAUAAUAAAAAGCACAAUUAGAUGGUCAUUCA